AUGCAUUCUCCAGACACGGCGCGCCGAAUUGCGAAUGCCAGGCGGAACCACAACCAACACCCUGACGACCCAAGGGUAGACCUGAGGAUCAACACCAGAGAUACUCCGACUCCCCCUUCCCACCACGCUCAUCACACGAGCCAUCACACAAGCGGCCAUCAUAGGAGGCACAGCAGCGAAGACUUUCUGCGAACCACGCCCGCCGCCCACCAGCAGUACCCCUUCCACCCGUCCACGCCUCCCGAGCGCAAAAGAUCUCCGUCUGGUGCCCGCUCGCUGAGGGCCCCCGUGCGGAACGCCGCCGAUAUCGAGUCCUUUCUUCAAAGCCUUGGACCCGUCGACACCAACAUGUCAUCGAACAAGGAGUCCGAUCCCUCCUCCGAACACCCCUCUGAACCCUCCCCCGAAUCGGCGCGCCCGCCCCAUCGCGACUCGCACGACCUCUCGCUCUCGCCCCGCCAGUUUACCCGCGAUUCCCUGGUCACAAAUAUGCUCCUGGGCCUCGACAAGCUGUCAUUGGAGCAGAUGGGCACUUCAUUCGGCGGAUCACGGAACGCUUUUGACGAUUCCAACAUCUACUCGUACGGAGCCGACACCGGUCGCACAAUGUCGUUCAACUCGAGGGCAGGCCGUGGACACGCAUACACUUACAGCUCCGAUUAUGAGGCGGAUGAUAGGUCGUCUCGCAGGCGCCGGAGUAACAGCAGUUCUGGCUACCAAUCAUGCCUCGGUCGCAUCAACAGCAUGCGCGAACUGGGUGGCACACCACGGGCGAUACAUUCGAGAAGCGGGAAGGGCAGCAAAGGCAGCAGCACUAACAGCAUAGACCCAGGCUAUGUGCAGGUCCUUGGCAGUCAGCGCUGGGCCCGUGGGUUUGGCCGAUCAUCCAGUUUCGACUACGGCGACGCAAGGCCGUCAACCAGUCAACAGGCUCCGUGGCACAUCGAGUUUUCAAAAUCCCUUUUUGACAACGGCAACGACCACGACUACGAUGCCGCGCCCACCCCUCACGUCCCUGCCGGUCCACGAAGGCUGACUACCGUCCCGUCAUUGCCCGUCCUUGCGCCCAUCGACACAAAGACCAGCUCCAAACUAACCCCCAAGGCCCCGAGUAACGAUCGCCCACGCAGCAUGAGAUCUUCAAAGAGCGCAUCGACGGUGCGCCAGUCCGAAGUAAAAUACAAUGCCCAGCGCGAUGUCCCCUCGGUUCCUCCGGUUUCCAUACCUCCGUUUGACGUGGACGCAGCGCCUGCUCCCCAUGUCGGCUAUGAGAAAACCAAGGAUGCAGUGCUCGACAACCCGAUAAACGCCAUCCAACAAGCCAUCCAGCAACCAAGGGAGAAACCCGGCUUCUUCCGCAGAAUGUUUGGCUCAUCCAAGGCGAACUCGCAAAGUCCGCCCACGUUCCCGUACCUGUCAUCGGUAGCCAACGAUAGCUCCAGCAACAAGAUGAACUCGCUUAAGUCACCAACGAUCCCACCUGUUCGCGAGCCGCCUCAAACCGUCACACAUACGUUACAGAAGAAGACAUCAUCCUUCUUCAAGAGGCGGAAACAGUCCAUCACGGAAAUGGAGCCACCGCCAAUCCCGCACAUGCUGAACAAGUCGCCAGCCAGAAUACCCAGGCCGGACACGCUGACGGCCAGGCCGGAGCCGAGUCCCAUGGGUGGCAGCUUAAGGCGGGCUAUGGAUCCGUUCUUAAUGGAUAGUCCGACUAUUCAGUCUUCUGCGGACGCCCCUUUACCGUCGACGGAACCCUCCGACUUGGGCCCGCUAAACAGGUCUUUGGAGGAUUCUCCGGAAAUCAGACGGAACAAGGAUGCUUACCAGAGAGGCUUCUCUCCCGACUACGAACCAAGUCCGAAAGCCAUCAUUCGCGCCGUCGAUCCUAACUCUUCUAGUGACUCGGUGGUCAAACAGCCUCGGAUAGAACUGCCCGGCAGGCCGGCGCUUGAUCGAACCAUGACUUCACCUCCGAGAUCCUUCUUGCGCGAUGACAGCGAAAGCGAAUACAGCCCCGAGCAAAACAAGAGAGUUUCUCGCACCGAGUCCCGUAAAGUCAGCUUGAAGCCGGGUAAAGAGCAGGAAAAGAAGCGACGAUCCUCAUCGCCGACGGUAUCCAAGUCGAAGAGCUAUCCUAGUCUUGGCAAACCAAAGGAGGACUUGAAGGCUCCUGCCCGCCAGAACUCGAAGGUAUCUUCCAAGGCCACCAAGAAACCCAGUCUGCCUAGUUUACGGAUCGAUGGUGUUGAGCCUAUUUCGCUGAGCUUGGGCACGGGUGGCUUGAAGACUGCCGAAUCGAUCCACCCGGCUGGCAAGUCAGAACUUGACGAACCUGAACAAUUCGUGGUCGGCGACCCCACCGAGGAUGACCAGCAGAAGGCACUCAAGAUCUACGAAGGCAACGAGGACUUCAUUCCCAAAGAAAAGGCGGCCGCAUGGAUGGGCGAGGAGGGUCCUGUUCGACAACGCACGCUUCGGGCGUACAUGGAGAACUAUGACUUUGAGAACAUGAGCGUCUGUGCUAGUUUGCGGCAGCUUUGCAACCGCCUCCUUUUGAGGGCUGAAACCCAGCAGGUUGAUCGUAUUCUGGUCGCUUUCUCCAACCGGUGGUGCGAAUGCAAUCCUAACCAUGGGUUCAAGUCAAUGGACAUCAUCCACACUAUUUGCUACUCCAUCAUGCUUCUCAAUACGGACUUGCAUAUGGCCGAUAUCGAACACAAGAUGACCAAGAGCCAAUUUAUCAAGAACACCAUGACCACGAUCCGACAGGCACUCGAGGAUUCGGUUCCAGAAGCAUUUGAACGUCCCAGUAUCCUACCUGGCAAAGCUUCAGAUAUCUUUCAAGCCGCCAGCACGGCCGACGUCUGGCUUUGGGCACCCUUUGAUGGGCCUUUGAAGGGAUGGGAAUCGCAAGUCGAGGCAGUGCUAAAAGACAUAUACUCGUCCAUCCGCGACGAAAGCCUACCAUUAUUCGGCGGUGCCGGCAACACGGCGAGCCUAUCGACAACCACCCAAGGCAGUUUAUCGGUUAUGGGCGUGCUCAAGCGGAGCCCUAGUGUGUUGAGUAAGGCGCCGUCAGAAGGUAUGGCUUCCACUCGGGGUAGGAUUCCCGAAGGGGCCAAGGCGAAUUCAUCCAGAUGGAACUCGAAGAGUCGGUCGAGACCCAGAGGCUUUGGCAACGGCUUUAACUCGAGCCGAACCAGCUUUGACGACGGCAACUCACUUUGGAGCCCAACCGAAUCCUCGGCCACAUGGAGCAAAGCGUCGCUGGGUAGGACCCAUACGACCAUGUCCAUGGACUCUUUUGGUUCCUCCUUCCGUGGCGACUAUCAGCAAUCGAUUGGUUUUGCAAAUGCGCUUAGCCAGGCUAUCAUACGCGAAGACAACACACUCGAUCUCACCAUGAGCAAGACGGAGGAUUUCAACACCGGGGAGCUGCUGGAGGAUGAGUCCCUGGAAUUAGCCGGUCCACCAUGGGUGAAGGAGGGUAUGGUUACGCAUAAGCACCAUAUGGAAACCGCCGACAAACGCUCUAAGGAACGCGCAUGGAACGAGGUCUUUGCAGUCAUCCAGAAGGGACAGCUAAACUUGUUCUCCUUCUCUCCAAACAAGUCGACGAGCAGGAAAAGAGGAAUGCGCAGCAACGCGCAAAAGGCGGGAGGAGUUGUUGGUGGUGGCAACUGGCAGGACAAUGCGGUGAACAUGGGCACGUUCUCGCUGCGCCAGACACUGGCGACUAUCAUGCCGCCACCAGGCUAUUCGCGAGCCCGUCCGCACGUAUGGUGUUUGGCGUUACCUGAUGGGGCGGUCCAUCUGUUCCACGUCGGAACGGCCGAGAUUGCCAGGGAGUUUAUGACUACAGCGAACUACUGGAGUGCGCGGUUGAGCACCCAUCCGAUGAUAGGCGGCGUCUCCAAUAUCGAAUACGGCUGGAGUGAUGCCGUCAUCAACACGACCCGGAUUUCUGGCAUCCAGAGUAACGGUGACCUGAACAAUUUACCUGCUGUCGGAACUACUGGGCGUCCUGCCAGUAACAGCAUCAGCAGCAACCACAAGGGCCAUUCGCGCCCUGGCAGCGCAGCAAACGCGGCAUCGGCAAUGGCAGCGAUGGGUGUUGGCAGUACCAUCUCGGGCAGCCGCGCCUCGCUACAAAGUCGUCGCAGCGUUAGAAGCUCUUCGUUCGACUUUGGUCGGCCGGGAAGCUCGGCCAGCAGCGGCGCCCUCGGUCUCACGUUUAGCGGCCCCGGUUCACUCCCUCGUCCCAACCACCCCUCGUCGUCGUCAAAGCUACCAGGCGAUAAGAUUCACAUUGCCGAGUGGACACCGCCCGCGCAGUCCCUUCGGCCGAGCACCCUUUCUGAACGCGAACAGUUUGGACAUCUUAUCACUUACGUCAGAAGCCUCGAUGAGGAUUUCCAGAAACACAAUGCACUCAGGAGUCCCAUGCUGCUGGCGUUCUCCCCUCGAUCGGUGAACGCGGUCAAGGCGAUGACCAACUGGGAGAGGAAGAGCCAGCAUCUGCUCAACGAGAUUGUGAAGUACAAUACGUACAUUGAAUGCCUGCGCGAGGCCGAGAUCAGGAGGUCGGAGAUUUACCGUGAAAGGGAGAACGCGAGACGCGCGGCAAGAGGUGAGGAUGUGGUUGACAGUGACGGGGAAGAGAGUGAGCCUCUACCUGGUGAGAUGACAAUGGAUGGGACGUCGCUGGAAAGGGAGGUCAAGGUCUGA